AUGGUGAACGUCGCAUUGAUCGGUGGUACUGGUAUGGUGGGCUCUCAAAUCCUCACCAGCCUUAUUGCCAAUCCUGUUGUAACUCGUGUGGACACCAUCUCUCGCCGUACCCCGUCAGCCACUAGCGGCGCGCCCCCAGCCAAACUCACCAACUUUGUCUCUAGCGAUACCGCCACCUGGUCAAGCCAGCUCUCCUCCCUAAGCCCGACCCCCAGCAUCUUCUUUUCCGCGUUUGGAACCACAAAAGCAGCCGCAGGCGGGUUCGAUAACCAAUACAAAAUCGAGCAUGGGUUGAACGUCGAGCUGGCCAAGGCCGCCCACGACGCUGGCACCAAGGUCUACGUACUGAUCUCCGCUACCGGCGCCAACAAGGAUUCGAACUUUGCCUACCCCCGCAUGAAGGGCGAAAUCGAGGAGGAUAUCAAGAAGCUUGGCUUUGAGCGCAUGGUCAUUCUGCGUCCUGGGCUGAUUGCUGGUACUCGUGAGGAAAGCCGGCCGUUUGAGGCUGGAGUUCGGUUCAUUGCGAAUUGGGCUGGCAAGCUGAAUUCCGGCCUCAAAGAUGGAUGGGCCCAGGACGCGGAUGUUAUUGGCAAAGCUGCUGUCAAUGCUGGUCUUAAGGCACUAGAAGGUGAUGUUCCCGAGGGCAGUGAGAAGGUUUGGACCUUGUUUGGCAAUGAUAUCAUCAAAUAUGGCAAGGAAGGCUCGUCUUAA